CUCCUACAGUCCAACAGAUUUCGGUUGACUGCUGAAGAGAUAAUCUGCUUCUGUACCCUGCUAUUUCGAAAACUGAGAGAAACAAUGUUUUCUAGAGUUUUCAAAGUGCCGUUCAGAGCCCUGUGUGUCUGUCUGCAGUUGCAGAUCUUUGCAGUAGCUGCAAACAACACCAUGGACGUUCAAAUCAGUGGAAGCGGUGUACUGAGUUCAGGCACCUGGGAUUUAAUAAAAGUUGUCAAGCUUGAAAAUGCCUUCCAAACACUAAAUGGUGUUCAGUGCCUGAAAAUAACUUAUAGACAAAACAACAGCAAUGUUGACUUUGAGGGAAAUGUCAGCGUCACGUUUAACACUUCUGAGCUUCAAUACAUAGUGAACGGACUGGAAACCACUCUCCAAGCUGUAAUUCAGGUCAGCAUUUCAGGAAUGGUCACCAUAGUUUCCCCAAACACUACAGUGUACUACAAGUCGAGCCCUUCACUGAAAUGCACUUUUGGGGAGACUACUGACAGUGCUGGGUGGAACCUGAUCCAGAAUAAUCAGAGCUUUACUCUCAAUUCUGGCAGUGUGGUCAAACUGAACUCCAGCUGUGCCACAUCAGGAACCGGCUCUUGUACUGAAAUUACACUCCAGGGGGUGACGGGGGACUGGGUAGGUAUGUAUGAGUGUGAAUUCACUACGGGCUCAGUCAGGCUCACAGCCUUGGCACAGCUGAAGGUUGCACUCCUGCCUGAUGUGAUCACCAUGGAGACCAGUCCUCUAACAGUAGACUGUUCAAAAAGCCACACCAUUGUUAACAUCAACAUCUCCGCCACCAUUCAACAAAGUACAGAGACCUAUGGAGUUUGGUGGAGCUAUAGUAAUGAUACAGAGAUGAGUCAAAUAUAUAACACAUCUUCUAAUGGUUCCUUGAUCUACACUUUCAUUGGCACUAUGAGUUGCCAGAAACCCUCUGGUUGCUGUCCAUAUGCUAAUGUGACUUUUAAAAACACAAAAGGGCAAGAGACAAGUGCACAAGUGGAUAUUCCAGUCAUUUAUGCUGGAAGCAUAUUUUGCGAUGGGAUUGUGACAGAUGGGGACUAUUGGCCAAAAACAGCUGCUGGAGCCACGGUGACUAUUAACACAUGUGCAGAGGGCAGAGUUGGCUACAAGUCACGCACUUGUAUCGGCCCCCCAUGGCAGGACGUCUAUAACAAUUGUAUAAACGAGGGGUUAAACACAGCCCUGCAACAAGCAACUAACUUCCAGAAAGGACUGGGGUCUACUCCAGAGGUGGCCAUGACUAUAUUUGAAGGACUUUUCAACAGCUCUGCAUCUGCUUCCAGUAACAAUAUUGCUGACAUUAAUGCAUCUAUUGAAGUUCUACAUUUCAUGGCGACUGCAUCAAGCUAUAAUAACUUGCCAGAGGAAGUCUUGCCUAAUUUUAUCAACGCAUCAAGCAACCUGCUGCAAAUGACUUGGAAUGUGGCUCCACUUAUUCUUUAUAAUGUGUCAUCGGCUUUCCUUCAGUCUGUGGAUGAUCUAGUAAAGAAUAUUAGGGUCAACACAAGCCAAGGAGUUAACAGCACAAACAUAGAUCUUAGAUUUUGUUCCAGUAGUAAAUGUACUUUGUCUGUGUUCGACGUUGGUGUGGAAAUGAUUAUAAGCAACGGAAUACUGAAAACUGCUGCUGUGAGAAAUCUAACAAAUAAACUACGGAACAACUACAAGCAUAAGAAACCCUCCAAGCUCUUGCUAUCAGCUACACUGCAGGACAACAAUGAUUCAUCUACAAAUAUUAUACUGGACUUCCCUGAUGACUGGCAGACCUAUUCCAAACCUUUGUGUGUCUUUUGGAACACCACAGAGGAGGACUGGUCACCUGCAGGAUGUACGGCCUAUAAUAACCACAACGGUCGUACAAUGUGUGUGUGCAACCACCUGACUCCCUUUUCUGUGCUCAUGUCCAAAGAUGAGAUAUCUGCAUAUAGUAGCAUUCUAGAUAUCAUCACCAAUGUGGGUUUGAGUGUGUCCAUCUUCUCCCUGCUGGUCUUCCUCACUAUUGAGUGUCUUGUCUGGUCAGCUGUAGUCAAGACCAACCUUGCACAUUUUCGUCACACAGCUAUGGUGAACAUCGCCGUGUUUCUCCUCCUCGCUGACAUCAGUAUGUUGGCUUCUACACGUCCCAGCAGCCUGCCAGACAGCUGGUGUUUCUUUUUGACUAUAUGUAAACACCUGUUUUAUUUGGCCAUGUUUUGCUGGAUGCUGUGUCUGUGCAUCAUGCUCGUUCAUCAGCUCAUAUUUGUCUUUAGUCCACUGAGGAAAAGAGUUUUUAUGUUGGUCUCCAGCAUUGUGGGCUACGCUCUCCCUGUCCUAAUAGUGGGAUCCAGCUAUGUGUACUGCAAGUACACAAACAUCCCCUACUAUAAUGUGACAACGUGCUGGCUAGCCUAUAAAAGCCUCUUUGUAGGCUCCAUACAAUCCUUCCUCUUACCUGUAGGAACAAUUAUUUUGAUAAAUAUCUUUUCUAUGUUGGUUGUUAUUAUAACUAUGGUAAAGUCACAAGUUGCAGACGCCAGCAAAGCAGAUGACAUGAACACAGCCAAAGGCAUUGUGAAGGGCCUUGCAGUUCUAACCCCUGUCUCUGGAGUAACAUGGAUUAUUGGCUUUUUACAGCUAAUGUUAGAUGAAGAGACACCGUUUGUUGCUGUUGAAUUUCUUUUCACCAUCCUCAAUUCCUUUCAGGGUAUUUGUAUUUUGGUAACAGUAUGUUUUAAAGAAGAAAAGGUUUGGCAGCAGCUGUCUAAAAUUAUAAACAGGAUGUUUAGAGGAAAAACCUACAACAAUAUUGAAGUCACUUUGGAAGAAAAAAGCAGCACAACAAACAAAGCUUAAGGUCUGUGUGUCAUGUUCUGGGUUUUUUGUUUCCUGUUUUAUUCUGAAAGGACUUCAGAAAUUUCCAUAACUUAUGAUCUUUUGUAACAGUACAAUACAGGCUUGCAGGAAUAUGGCCGGCUUCCAUUUCUGACCACACCUAUUUAGUUUCCGAAGUCCAGCUCUGUUCUGGGCUGCACUCUGGACACAGUGCAGGAGGUGGGUGAGAGAAGGGUCCUGGCUAAACUCACAUCCAACCUGGACCAGGACUCUCACCCGCUGGAGGACUCACUGUCUACAACAGGUUUAUACACAGGCAGGAGAUGCAGGAUGUUAUGAUCAGCUCUGUCCAGGGGUGGGAGGGAAGAUGCGCUGUAGGCCUCUUUAGUGUUGGCAGGAAGAGGGCCUGUGGGUGCUGUGUUUGCAGCCUGCUGGUGACUGAGAGCAGGGUCUCAGAAGCUAUGUCGGCAUUAGUGGAGGGUGGGAUGCACACAGCAAUUAUUAUAACUUACUAAUAAUUGCUUAUUAUAACUUAUUAUAACUGUGAACUCCUGUUGCCUACCGCAAACAGAUUAAUGUCUCUGUUACACAGCUUCUCUCUGAUAGCGCAAUGUCUUGAUUUACACCAUCUCAUGUUUAUCUCAUGUUCACAAACACAGACAGGUCCUCUCCUUUCCUCUUACCACUGUCCUCCGUUUUGUCCGCACGCAGUAGAUGAAAAUUGUCCAGUGCGACAGUCGAGUCCGGGAUGAGUGGAGUCAGCCAGGUCUCAAUUAACAACAGGAUGCUGCUCGUCCUGUAUUCCAGCUGGUGCCGUGUGAGCGCCGCAAGCUCAUCCAUCUUGUUUGGGAGAGAUCUCACGUUUCCCGUGAUGAUGAACGGGAGAGCGGGUCUGAAGCGUCACUGGCCGGCGCCCACUGCGGGUCUUCACUAGCAAAAAGUAAUACUGUAAAUAAAAGUGAGAGGACAGGUGCUUUUGUGAACAGCAGCCAGCUCGACCGGCGCCGGAAGUAAGAGAAAGAGAGAAACCCCUACACAGUAUGUAUGACCGGCAGCUAGAAGAAGUGGCUGAUAUCGACAAAUUCUACCAGUGGUUGGACAAAGCUGGACUGAUAGACAGCACGGAGGCACUAAACCUAGCAGCACAGGAUCAGGCUCUGAGGCUGUGCAAAGAUGCCCCUGAAACAAUCCAGCACAUAACAGUGGGAUGCAAGAUGCUAGCAGACAGGGCACACAUGGAACACCAUCAUAUAUAUUUAUGCUAUAGCUUUACUUUAAAUAUUUAAUAUUGUCAUUUUUCUGAUCAAGGAUAACUUCAGAAGUGCUUUUUCAUAUAGGUGGUCAUUCUCCACACACCAACAAUGAAGUUUAUUGUAUUCCAUUGUAAUUACCCCUUUAAUUGUAAACCAAAUAAAAUACAUUAAUAGCAACUUAGACAAGUCUUUAGCCAGACAUAAAAAAACACACUUCUCAUAACAGUUUAAAAAACACUUGCGAUUGCCCUUGCUAUCUACCUAAAAAUCAUAUCAAACAAAAAGCAAACCUUUGCAGGCCUAAUGCAUUCCCUGUGACCAUAGGGACCAAAAGCCUAAUGGUAGGUUCACUUACACCUGAGCAGUAUAUAAAAAAUACGAAGGUUAUACUGUACAUCUAUGGCUUAAUCCUCCUUAUCGUUGUCAAGCCUUGUUCUGGUCAGUCUGUAGCAAUGCAAUAGGGUCACUAGAUGUCACUGUCUGUCAUUAGCCCUUCAGGCACAUGGACAUGGUAAUGCAGCAAUUAAUAAAAGAAUUAACAUACUGUAUAUUCAACACAUGGUAAACAGACGAUGGAGGGAUGUUGUACUGCCUAUAUUACCUCAAACUGUCUCACACAUGUUUACAGAUAUUAUGCUAUAAACAAAAUUUAAUACUCAAAUAUAUAAACACUGCCUAUCACCAUUACCACUGAGAUAAAACAACAUUAACUUAUUCUGUCGCAAGACAUACAUUCUGAAAUUUAUUAACACUGGGGAAGUUUUCAAGUAUUUAAGAUUUCAGUUUCAGUUGUGUUUUUUUACUUUUGCAACUUUAUGUUUCGAAUUGAUAAAAUUUAUUACUCCACAGUUUUGCACACCAAUGCAAACUGCAGCGAAUGGUUACGAAUGUGCUCAGCUGGAACUUUAUUAACCAACGUUCACAAUCGCAUCACACGUCACAGAGCUACUUACUGGGAAAAGAUUCGCUACAGUAUGUAAACCUUAUCGACAACGUUUGCUCAUGUCAAAAAGUCCGUGUCCGCCUGUAGUGCGAACACGAACACACGCGGAACAUUAUAUGGUAUUACUAUUGUACUAUUAUUAUUAUUAUUAUUCAACGUAUAUAUAAUUAACUUUGGGCAGAUCGUCUCAUCGACGAGGUGGCCGAGUGGUUAAGGCGAUGGACUGCUAAUCCAUUGUGCUCUGCACGCGUGGGUUCGAAUCCCAUCCUCGUCGGCAACAAUUAUAUAGAAAUGUUUAUUUUUACCAUAGAUCGUCUUAUGUUGAAAUGGUUGAGUGUUGUGUUUAAUAAA